GAAUUACAACUCUUUCAUUCACAAUUCAAUUGAAAUGGCAGCAAGCAAAAAUUACCAAAUCAGAUCAAUCAGUUUGCCUUGCAGAUUACAUACGACUGCUACCCGGAUCGGGGAAGAGCUGACCCGAUUGAUCAACAACAGAAAGGAACAUGAUCAGGAACCCAAUAUUUGUCAUGGCUUAUUUGGACUCCAGGAGCUUUACAAAUCUCUCCACCAUCUUCUCAAUUCUUCUCCCAUGGCACGACAAGCCAUUGCUCGUCCACAAAACUCGAGUCGAGUCGGGUCUCUACUCGACGUAUCUAUCCAAAUACUCGACAUAUGUGGAAUCACAAGAGAUCUCGUGGUAGAAACCAGGGAAAAUUUGCGAGAUCUUCAGUCUGGUCUCAGGACUAGGGGGAGAAAAUUAGGCGUACAAACAAGUAUAGCCAAGUAUAUUUCAUUGAGAAAGGUGGUCAAGAAAAACGCAAAGAAACUGGCUUUGAUUAAGUUGAAGGCAAAGGCGGAUGAUGAUAAUGAUCAAGAUGAUAAAGGAACAGGGUAUAUAGUAAAAAUCAUAAGUGAAGUGAACUCGGUUAGCUUCACAGUUUUUGAAUCGCUACUUGAAUUCCUGGCUUCGUCGUCGAAGACUAAAUUGCGGUCAAUGGUGCCUAAAUGGCUGCAGAAAGACGGAUGCAAAGACGAGAGCUUGAACGAGCUGGAGAGAGUAGACGAGGCUUUACGAGGAUUGUGCAAAGGGGUUUUCCAAGGAGAGAUCAUGGCUAGUUUGAAAUGCUUGGAAGAUGGGAUUCAAGAAAUGGAGAAUGGGUUGGAUGGAUUGUUUAGGCAGCUGAUAAGGACAAGGGCUUCUCUUCUUAAUAUACUUUCUCAAUGAAUAAAUAAAUAAUUGUAUAUAUAUUGAUAGAUAGUCACUAGAAAUCCAAUUGAUAUAGGCAAACAUCCAUGUUUUACAGGAUUAUUUUGCUUAAUAAUGGGUUUCGCAAUUGUGACU